AUGUGCUGGUGUUUUACUUCGUUUACUUGGCCGUUGCCGGAGAAAUCCUCCCCGGAAAAGUUAUUCGCGGCGCUCUUUUAUCAGAUGGCUCUCAGCUUCGUUACCGAUGCAAUGGUUGUUUUUGAAUCUGGUUUAUUUGCACUGACAUUGUUGGUCGCUAUUUUGGGAAUCUGUGCAAAACUCGGGAUUGUAUCACCUCUUGUGGUUGCUGAUAGAGGACUUGAGCUACUCUCAGCUGCUUUUAUUUUCUGUGUCUUGGUGACAUUAGCAUUGUAUGUUUCUGGCCGCAGUUCAUCGGAUAAGAGUUCUUCUCUAAAGCCUCAUGUCUCAGGAAAUCUUGUACAUGACUGGUGGUUUGGAAUACAGCUGAAUCCUCAGUUUUUGAGCAUUGAUCUCAAGUUUUUCUUUGUCAGAGCUGGGAUGAUGGGAUGGCUGCUUAUCAAUCUCUCUAUUCUGGCAAAAAGUGUGCAGGAUGGUUCCUUGAGUCAGUCGAUGAUUCUUUACCAGAUUUUCUGUGCGUUAUAUAUAUUGGACUACUUUGUUCAUGAAGAAUACAUGACCUCUACAUGGGACAUAAUUGCAGAGAGAUUGGGCUUCAUGCUGGUGUUUGGAGACCUCCUCUGGAUUCCUUUCACUUUUAGCAUUCAGGGCUGGUGGCUUUUGCACAACAAAGUAGAACUAACAGUUCCUGCUAUUGUAGCCAAUUGCUUUGUAUUCUUAAUAGGAUACAUGGUUUUCCGAGGGGCUAACAAACAAAAACAUAUCUUCAAGAAGAACCCUAAAACACCUAUAUGGGGUAAGCCUCCAGUGGUUGUUGGUGGAAAGUUGCUUGCUUCAGGCUACUGGGGAAUCGCAAGGCACUGUAAUUACCUUGGCGACUUGAUGCUUGCUCUUUCCUUCAGUUUGCCCUGUGGAAUAAGUUCUCCGGUCCCAUAUUUCUACCCGAUAUAUCUUCUGAUACUGUUGAUAUGGAGAGAACGAAGAGACGAGGUUCGAUGUGCAGAAAAGUACAAAGAGAUUUGGGCAGAGUAUCUUAGACUUGUCCCAUGGAGAAUACUUCCUUACGUCUAUUAA